AUGUUAGGCUCCCUGAUGCUCGGUGCUGCUGCAACUGCUUUUUACAUCAACGAUGCUGCCACCUUUUUGCCAAAAACUGUUGUUGCAAAGACCAGGGCCUUCCUCGCUGGAGGCACUGCAGAAGCCUUGGAGAUCGGAGCAAAUAUUGAAGGACUGCAGGAGCUGAUUAUGAAAAAUCCUUCUCUUUCUGAAAGUACUGACAGGAUCACCAAAAUGAAGCGUGUCCUUAAGGCUCUGUCAGAAUGGAGAUCUUUGCCUACCAGUAAACCCCUUGCUUCUAUGUAUGUUAAGUUCUUUGGACAAGAGAUUGCCUUCGCCAACAUUGACAAACCUAUGAUUGACCAGGCUGUUGAGUAUGCAAAGAAUUUACCAAUUCAGGAAUAUGGAAGAGAAGCUCUUAAGGCUCUCCUCCUCUCUGGCAUCAACUUCCACUAUUCUAAGCCUGUGCUGGCUGCUGAGGUGCGACGCAUUCUUCCUACUGCUGCUGGUCUUCCAAUGGAACUCAGUCUGUACAGCGCUGCUGUUGCUGCAGCCUCUCUUGAAAUCAAGCCCAGCACAUCACCACGUCUGCCUGAAGAUUUCCCCCUCAAGAGUCUCCUGGAGACAGACAUCCAGCUCCAGGCUGAGAUCAGACCAAGUGUUGCCAUGAACACAUAUGCAGUUAUGGGCCUUAAUACCGAGAUUCUGCAGGCUGCUCUGGUAGCAAGCGCUAAAGUCCACUCUGUUAUGCCAGCGAAAAUUGCAGCAAAACUCAACAUCAAAGAGGGUGACUUCAAGCUUGAAGCUCUUCCUGUUGAUGUCCCUGAAAACAUCACAGCUCUAAAUAUUACAACCUUUGCUGUGGCACGAAACAUUGAGGAACCUGCUGUUGAAAGAAUCACUCCUCUCCUCCCCACCAAAAUCUUGCAAUCCAUCUCAAACAAGAUUAUCUCAUCCAGGGCUGCUUCCUCUGCUAAUAGCAUGUCAGCAUCAUCAGAGCUCCUUCCUGUGGAAGAAUCAGUACCAAGGGUUCCUGAACACAAAAUUCGUCCAUUUGCCAAGAGGUACUGUGCUAAGCACAUUGGCGUUGGACUGAAGGCUUGUUUCAAGUUUGCCAGUGAAAGUGCUGCAUCUAUCCAAAACAUUGUCCUCUACAAACUGGCUGGCAGCCACAAUUUCUCUUUCUCUGUGACACCAAUUGAAGGCGAAGUUGUUGAGAGAUUGGAAAUGGAGGUUAAGGUAGGAGCAAAGGCUGCAGAGAAGCUUGUUAAACGCAUUAACCUGAAUGAAGAGGAAACCGUUGAGGAAGGAGGAUCAGUCCUGGUGAAACUCAACAAGAUCCUCAGUAGUUCCAAACGCAGCAGCAGCAGCAGCAGCAGUAGCAGCAGCAGCAGCAGCAGCAGCAGGAGUGUCCGCAGCAGCAGUAGCAGCAGCAGCAGCAGUAGCAGGAGUGUCCGCAGCAGCAAGAGCAGCAGCAGCAGUAGCAGCAGCAGGAGCAGCAGAAGAGUUGGUUCCUCAAGAUCAAGCAGCAGCUCAGCAAGGACCAGCUCUGCAUCAAGCCUUGCAUCCCUCUUCAGUGGCAGCUCAAGCUCAAGCUCAUCCAGCUCCAGUUCUCGUCGCUCAAAGAUCAAGGUUGCUGACUGGAUGAAAGGAAAGACCUGUGGACUCUGUGGAAAGGGUGAUGGAGAAAUCAGACAAGAGUACCGCACUCCCAACGGACGCGUGGCUAAGAACUCAGUCAGCUUUGCCCAGUCCUGGAUUCUGCCUGCUGAAAGCUGCAGGGAUGCGUCUGAGUGCCGUCUGAAGCAUGAAUCUGUGCAGCUGGAGAAACAGUUGACAAUUUAUGGUGACGACUCUACAUGCUUGUCUGUGGAGCCCGUUCCUCGCUGUCUGCCAGGAUGCAUGCCAAUCAAGACCACCCCUGUCACUGUUGGUUUCAGCUGUCUGCAAUCUGGUGCUCAGAGCAGUGUUUUUGACAGAAGUGUGGACCUGGAACAAACAACCCAGGCUCAUCUGGCAUGCAACUGCAAUGCCAGGUGUUCUUAA